UCUGCCCGUGUUCUCAGUCCAAUUUGAACAACGAUACCGAGCGGUUGGCGUCCUCUGCAAUCAAAUUAUUUUCGUUAUUUGAGUGUCCGAACAGACAGCAGCAGUAGCAGCAGCGACAGCGACAGCAACAACUACAACAUCAAUUUGUAAAUUUCUGCUGCCGCUGCCAACGCACAGCCGUUUUUCUAACUUGGCCCUAAGCAGCAGCAACAACAACGCGAAAAAAAGUUGUCGUGUGUGUGAAAAAUUGUGCAAAGUGCGCAGAAAAGAAUUCAAAUCAUAAAAAAGCGUAAUAAUUCCCACAAUAUCCGCAAGCCACUAUAAAAAUAAAUCAGUCAGCGGAGCAAUAAAAAUAAAAUCACAAAGUGCCAUCCACAAAAACAAGCGAAAAAGAAGAGAAAAAUACCCGAAAAUAAAUAAAAGAAAACUGCAGCAAACGUGCUAAAAAUAAUAAUCAAGAAAGAUACGCGCAAGCGAAAGUAUUUCAUGACAACGCAAGAUGACAUCGCAUUCCUAUUAUAAGGAUCGUCUCGGCUUCGAUCCCAAUGAGCAGCAGCAUGAGCCGGGUAAUCAUCACAACAGCGGCGGCGGCGGCGGCACCAAUUCGAUGAAACGGAGCAGCUCCAGGCAGACUCACCAUCAUCAUCAGAGCUAUCAUCAUGCCACAACGACGAGCAGCUCAGCCGCAUCGCCUGUUGCACGAAUCUCUGUCUCCCCUGGUGGCAACGGCACCCUCGACUAUCAUCAGGUUCAGCGGGAGCAACGCGAUCGGGAACUGUACGCCAAUGGCCAUAACAGCAGCAGCUCUCAUCAUUACCAUCAUCAUCAGCAACAUCAGCAGCAUCAUCCGAGACAUUCGCAUGGACUGAUCGAGGCUAGUCCGGCGGCCAAAAAGGCCAAACACUCGUCAACGCAGGCGCAGCCACAGGGCGGCUACGAGGAUGCGUUGACCCAGUUUAAAGACGAACGCGAUGCCAUUCAAAAGAAGACGUUCACAAAAUGGGUUAACAAACAUCUUAAAAAGACUUAUACCAUGCUCCAUGUUUGUGUUACCACAAACGGUAUACCCUGUUGCUCACAGUCUGCCAAUCGACGAGUUGUGGAUUUAUUUGAGGAUUUGCGCGAUGGUCACAAUUUGCUUUCACUCUUGGAGGUGCUAUCUCGCGAAAACCUGCCACGAGAGAAGGGCAAAAUGCGUUUCCACAUGCUGCAGAACGCACAAAUGGCGUUGGACUUUCUGCGCUUUAAGAAUAUCAAAUUGGUCAACAUACGCGCCGAGGAUAUUGUGGAUGGUAAUCCCAAGCUGACGCUUGGCUUGAUCUGGACUAUUAUAUUGCAUUUCCAGAUUUCCGAUAUUGUUGUUGGCAAAGAGGACAACGUAUCCGCACGUGAGGCCCUACUGCGCUGGGCGCGACGCUCGACGGCUCGGUAUCCGGGCGUGCGUGUUAAUGAUUUUACAUCGUCAUGGCGCGAUGGAUUGGCCUUCUCGGCGUUGGUGCAUCGCAACCGACCGGACUUGCUUGACUGGCGAAAGGCAAGAAACGAUCGGCCGCGCGAGCGCCUCGAGACGGCAUUCCAUAUUGUGGAGAAAGAAUACGGUGUUACGCGUCUAUUGGACCCAGAGGAUGUGGACACCAAUGAGCCGGAUGAGAAAUCCCUGAUUACGUACAUUUCAUCUCUGUACGAUGUAUUCCCGGAGCCACCAUCUAUUCACCCCCUGUUCGACAUGGAGUCACAACGUCGCGUGCACGAGUAUCGCGAUUUGGCACAACAGUUUAUCUAUUGGUGUCGCGAGAAGACCGCAUAUUUGCAGGAACGUUCGUUCCCGCCAACGCUAAUCGAGAUGAAACGUCUGUUGAGUGAUCUGCAGCAUUUCCGCAGCGAGGAGGUGAGCGCACGAAAACGCGAAAAGUCCAAGCUCAUACAGAUCUAUAAGGAGCUAGAGCGUUACUUCGAAACAGUGGGUGAAGUGGAUGUAGAGACUGAUCUACGUCCAGAUGCCAUCGAAAAGGCCUGGUAUCGUAUGACCACAGCCCUGCAGGAUCGUGAAGUUAUACUCCAGCAGGAAAUUGAACGUUUGGAGCGUCUACAGCGUCUAGCCGAUAAAGUCCAACGCGAAAUUAAGCAUGUGGAUCACAAGCUGACCGAGCUAGAGACGCGCGUCACUGAGGAGAGCAGACGCAUAGAGCGUUUGCAUCCCGUCGAUGCCAAGAGCAUUGUCGAGGCACUCGAAACAGAUAUUAGACAUCUGGAGGAGCCCAUACAGGAUAUGAACCAAGAUUGUCAUGUGCUCAAUGAGGGUCGCUAUCCUCAUGUCAGCGAGCUGCACAAGAAGGUCAACAAAUUGCAUCAACGUUGGGCUCAAUUGCGCACCAAUUUCCACACGAACCUGGUACAGAAGCUGUCCGGCUUAAAGUUUCCCGUCCACGAGACGACCGUGACGCGUCAAACGCGCAUGGUGGUCGAAUCACGACAGAUCGAUACGAAUCCACAUUUCCGCGAUCUGCAGGAGCACAUUGAGUGGUGCCAGAAUAAAUUGAAACAACUGCUUGCCGCUGAUUAUGGCAGUGAUCUGCCGUCGGUCAAGGAGGAAUUGGAUCGUCAACAGCACGAACACAAAAUCAUCGAUCAGUUCCAUAGCAAAAUACAAAACGAUGAACGCCAGCAGACGAAGUUCUCGGGCGACGAAUUGAACCUCUAUCAGCAACGACUUAAUCAGCUGCAAAAGGUCUAUGCAGAGCUGCUAAGCACCUCGACGAAGCGUCUAUCCGAUUUGGAUUCACUUCAGCAUUUCCUUGGACAGGCCUCAGCUGAACUUCAAUGGCUCAACGAGAAGGAACAGGUUGAGAUCACACGCGACUGGGCGGACAAACAACUCGAUUUGCCUUCUGUGCACAGAUACUAUGAGAAUUUAAUGUCCGAACUGGAAAAGCGCGAAAUGCACUUUGCCACAAUCUUGGAUCGUGGCGAGGCGUUGCUCAAUCAACAGCAUCCGGCAUCCAAGUGCAUCGAGGCCCAUUUGACGGCUCUGCAACAGCAGUGGGCGUGGCUGCUACAGCUAACACUCUGCUUGGAGGUACAUCUGAAGCAUGCAACGGAAUACCAUCAAUACUUUGCCGAGAUUAAGGAUGCAGAGCUAUGGCUAAGUAAGCGCGAUGAGAUCCUAAACAGCAAAUACUCGCAAUCCGAUUUCGGCUUGGAUCAGGGCGAAGCACUGUUGCGCGGCAUGCAGGAUCUGCGCGAGGAGCUGAAUGCAUUUGGUGAGACAGUCGCCACGCUUCAGCGUCGUGCCCAGACGAUUGUGCCGCUCAAUAAGCGCCGGCAGCCGGUUAAUCGGCAGGGUCCGGUACAAGCGAUCUGCGCCUACAAGCAACAGGGACAACUGCAGAUUGAGAAGGGCGAAACGGUUACAUUGCUGGAUAACUCAGGCCGUGUUAAGUGGCGCGUGCGCACUGCCAAGGGACAGGAGGGUUCCAUACCCGGUGCCUGUCUGCUGUUGCCUCCACCGGAUCAGGAGGCCAUUGAUGCUGCAGAACGUUUAAAGCGGCUCUUCGACCGAUCCGUUGCAUUGUGGCAAAAGAAACAUUUGCGUUUGCGUCAAAACAUGAUCUUCGCAACGAUUCGUGUGGUCAAGGGCUGGGAUUUCGAUCAGUUCCUGGCCAUGGGACCCGAACAGCGAACGGCCAUACGGCGUGCCUUAAACGAUGAUGCUGACAAGUUGCUCAGCGAGGGCGAUCCCAACGAUCCACAGCUGCGACGCUUGCGACGCGAAAUGGACGAGGUCAAUCGCUUGUUCGAUGAGUUUGAGAAGCGCGCCCGAGCUGAAGAGGAGAGCAAACAGGCGAGUCGCAUCUUUACGGAGGAAUGCAUUGCCAUAAAGAGCAAAUUAGAGGAUAUGGCGCGUGAGCUAGAUCAAAUUAUAUUGGCUCCAUUGCCACGUGAUUUGGAUUCACUUGAACAUGUGCUUGCCAUACAUGGCGACUAUGAACGCCGCUUGCAUCUGCUCGAGCCGGAGCUGAAGCACUUGCAGGAGACCUUCCGCACGAUAGCGCUGAAGACGCCCGUGCUAAAGAAAUCGUUGGAUAACCUAAAUGAGUUGUGGAAGGAGCUGAACACACAGAGCAACCUGCACAAGGAUCGCUUGAAGCUGCUCGAAGUCUCGCUGGCCGGACUCGAGGAUAACGAACAUGUUAUAUCCGAGCUAGAGAAUGAGCUGGCCAAGCAUCAGGACUUGCCCUCCACAGCAGAGGGAUUGCAGCAUGUGUUCAAGCAAUUGACCCACAUGCAGGACAUAAUCACACAACAGCAGCCGCAAAUGGAUAAAAUGAAUGAUGCGGCCGAUCAGCUGGGACGCAUGGGUGUGCCCACCAAGGUGUUGGGCGAUCUGAAACGUCUGCACUCGAACGUGGAGCGUUUGAAUACGCGCUGGAGUGCGGUCUGCAAUCAACUGGGCGAGAGAAUGCGCUCAUGCGAGACGGCGAUUGGACUUAUGAAGAAUCUCCAAUCGAGCGUGCAAGUCGAGGAAUCAUGGGUGGACGGCACCACCGAACGUCUAUCGGCCAUGCCCACAGCGACUUCAGCUUACGAAUUAGACAAACUGCUCGGAGCUGCUAUCGAACGAAAACCAAAAAUCGAAAAUGUCAACGUGGCUGGAGGACGUCUCAUUCGUGAAGCUAAGAUUUACGAUAGUAAAUGUCUGCGCUUCGUCGAUUGGCUGCUCGAGGCUCGACCCUCGUUCUCGCCGCCUCGGCGCGAUUUGCGUCCGGCGGACAGUGAUCCGGGUGCCACACAGUAUUACAGCCAGCGUUUGGAUAAUCUCAAUACGAAAUACGACAGAUUGCUGGAACAAUUGUCGCAGAGGCUAAAAACUGCAAUCGAGGUGAAUGGCAGCGAUGGUCUGCAAUACGCUGAAAGUCUGCAGAAACCGCUCAAGACUUUUAGAGUUGACUUCAGUGCGGGCAGCGUGCCAACUGGCGAUGGCUACGCUGCACGCCCGGAUGAUCUCUAUACAACAACAUAUAGCACAACACAAUUCAGCUCAACGAAAACAACGAAAAGCUCUUCGAAGAGCAUUUACAGCAGCGAUGGCAUCGAUGCCAUUGGACAGGAAUCAGGAGCUGCACCACAGUCGCAAAUACAAUUCAACGAGAUACGUAGCCUUAAGCGGGGAGGUAACAUUACCUCUGUGCUGGAUAUUGCCGGCAUACGUGAUCCGCGCACGGGUCGAGUUUUAACUAUUGGCGAAGCCAUACAGUUGCGCAUUUUGGAUGUUCGCACUGGCGAAAUGCUAGUGGGUGAGCGGCGCAUAUCCCUUGAGCAGGCCGCCGAGCAGGGUUUGAUUGAUGCGCAGCUGGCGAUACAGUUGCUGCAGCCUGGUGCAGGACGAGAUGCGACCGGACGUGAGCUCUCUUUGCUAGAGGUGAUACAGCGAGAGAUAAGCGAAGCGGAGUCCGGCUAUGAGACGGCAGAGAAACGCAUCAAGGUAAACAACACAGUCACAGUAGAGCAGUUGCCAUUGCCAACGCAAUCCCCAUUGGAUGUGGCAUCCCCCGAGAAACCUAGAAAUAUUGUCGAUGCCAUUUGUGCUGGCAGUGUGGAUGCCAAGACGGGCCUGUAUCGUGUCAAAUCGGGCCAAACAAUUAGCCUGGCCGAGGCGUACGAACGUGGCUAUCUAAUACGCCACGAAUCGGUGACAAUUAAAUCGAAUGCGCUGUGUUUAAGCGAUGCCAUUGCUCAUGGCCUGGUGGAUAAUGCUGGCUGGAUAAUAGAUCGCAAUUCUGGUGACAAGUUCCGUUUGGAUUCGGCUAUUGCCAAUCAGCUAAUCGAUGCGAGCGUGCGCGAAGUAGUCGAUGCUAAACGCGAUGUAAAAAUUACACUAGAAGACGCGUUAAAAUCGGGCGUUUUGAAUGCUAAGACCGGUCGCUAUCUAAACGAGGUGACCAAAGAGAAGCUUAGCUUCUUCGAGGCACGCAAUCGCCAAUUGAUUGUUAAACCGUAUACUCUUAAAGAUAUAUGUGAUUUAAAUUUGCUCGACAAACAAUCCCUGAUCACAAGUCCCAUGCGCCGCGAAAAACUAAGCAUUAUGCAGGCUAUCGAAGCGGGUGUACUGGAUGGCAACCAGCUCAAGUGCAUUACGAAACGUAAGGGUGAGUUAAUCACAUUGCAGGAAGCCAUUGCCGAUGGCAUUGUGCUACCUGCGGAGUGUAAAUAUCGUGAUUUUAUGACUGGGGAAUUAAUUAGCAUACCCGAGGCUGUAGAGCGUGGCCUGAUAAGUUCGGUAUCGCAGCGUUCCAUUUUUGAUAUCGAUGGUUUCAAGGAUUUGCGUAGCAAUGAUUAUGUUAGCUUUAAUGUGGCCCUCUCGCGCGACAUUUUACGUCGCAAGAGCACGGGCUUUGCCUUAGAGACAGGUCGGGAUAGUCUAGUUCCACUAGAGGUGGCCGUUGGUGAAGGCCUGGUGCGGCAGGAGGUUUAUGAAAUGUUCAGUCGCGGUAUUGGUGUGCACAAUGCCAGUGGCAAGGAGCUCAGCGUUUUCGAUCUGGUCUAUCAUAAUCUAAUUGACCCGAAGACUGGCUAUUUGCUCGAUCCUAAGACUGGUGAAACAGUGCCUCUAGACAGCGCCAUCGAGCGCAAGUUCAUCACACCCGAGGGUGCUCUGCUGCUGAGCAGCCUGCUUAAUAUUACGUUGACCACAGAGACAGUGACUAGGACGAUCAAUCGUUAUGUGACCAUACGUGCCGGCUCACAGGAGCCAGGUGAUACAGUUUUACUGACCUUCACCGAGGCUGUGCGUCAGGGUUUCAUUGAUGAAGAUAGGCAGCUAUUCAAAGAUCCCAAAACGGGAAAUGUUUACUCUGUGCAGCAGGCGCUCAACUAUGGGCUUCUAGUGCCCGAUAGCAAUCAAACGGUGCCAGAACCAACAAAUCGCAAGAAGACCAAGUCAACCAUAACAAUAGUGACCAAACAAAUAAUACCCGAAGCGGAGCCUAUUAAGCUAAACACCCAACAUACAAAAUAUGUUGAAAAAUCAGUGGAAAUACCAAUUUCUCAGGAAUUAAUCAAACCUCAACGCAUUGUCUCGGAGUUUAUUAAUCUGGAGAAGAGCAGCUAUUUAGAACAGAAUGUUACAGAGCGUCAGAUUAUGGAGCUGCCACCCGGUGGUUGGCGUCUGAAGGAUGCCAUUGAGCAGCGUCUAUUCAAUCCAGACACAGGUGUGUUCCACGUACAGGGCACAGAUCGUCUGGUAAACUUUGAGGAGUGCAUAGAUAAGCAGAUUAUUAACAAUUUAUCUGUGGCUGUUAUCGAACCCAAUACUGGCGAUAAAAUAUCUGUAAAGUCCGCUUUUGAACGUGAUAUUGUGGACAGCUAUGGCAACUAUACAAACAAUAGGCAACAAGUUCUGGGCAUGCGAAGUGCCAUCGCGGAAGGAAAAAUUUUACUAGAGACGGUGCCAGCUACGCGUGGUGCCAGUCAGAAGACUAUUUUGCGUAUAACGCGCGUAAACAAUAUGCCCGAUGUGUUGGAAGUAUCGACACCAUUGAAGGACUCGCCACCACGUUUCGUAGAGGUGAAUACAUGUCAGCGUGAGUUGGCAUCACCGGAACCACUGCAAAUAGCACCAGGUGCCAUCUACGAUCCGUCCACAGGGCUCGUCAUAUUUACACAAAACGGCGAGACGGAGAACAUCUUUGACGCCGCGCGUCAGGGUCUAGUUGACGAGCAACUUAUCAAAAUUGUGGAUCCCACGACUAAACAACAGAUUUCGGUCACAGAAGCUAUUGCUAGAUCUAUUUAUGAUCCACGCACAGCUACGAUACUGGAUGCCGAGGGACAACCGAUUGAUUUGAUUACGGCUACUAAACUGGGUUUGUUCAGCGUGGUGGGUGCACCACUCGUAGCCGCUGAGGGUGCUCUGCGCACUGUUCGCUUUGUGGUUGAUCCACGAACUGGUGAGCAGAUACCGGUUGAGGUGGCCUACGAGCGUGGCAUUGUAUCGCGAGAUCAACUGCAACGUGGACGCUCCUUUGAUUAUGAACCAACAACAACUUCAACAACAGAGGAGAAGGUUGUAGUGCUGCAAAAGAUGCGCAAGCUUAUAUUAAAGCCGCGGGAUGCUCUUCGCAAGGGUAUACUCGACGAGGAGACAUGUAAUAUACUUGAGGAUACACGCAACUUUACUAAUCCCCAAGGUGAUGUUGUAAAUAUUAGCGAGGCCUUGAAUACUGGUUUAAUUGAUGGACGCCGUGGUCACGUCACUGAUCCUCAGCGUAAUCGUGUGCUCAAUCUGCGGCAGGCUGUCGAACAAAAGAUUAUUGAUCCAGAACAAACAAAUCAUAUUCUUAUGCCACUGGCCAAAAGUCUGUCCAUACCAAAACUUGAAUCACAGGGUCUUAUAGAUCCACAGUCACAGACCAUUGUACACCCGGAGAGCGGUUAUCCCUUGAGUAUACAUGAGGCAAUUGUUUGUGAAGUACUCGACCCACAUUCCAAAUUACACAAACCAACAAAGUGCACCCUGGAGGAGGCCAUUGAAAAGGGCAUUAUCAAUCCUGAUGAAUCUACAUUCAACUAUAAGAAUAAAACCCUAAAUAUUUCGGAAGCCAUCGAAGCUCAUCUAUUCGAUGCAAGCUAUGAUAAGCAGAAACUCAAAGUAGAAAUACCGCCCGUAGGCAUGAUAUUCCCAGUUGCUGUAGAGAAGAGUCUGGUAGAGCCUACGAAGUCUGUCGUAUUGCAUCCAAGCACCAAGAAACCGGUGCCAAUUAAGCAGGCUAUCAAUGAUGAUUUCAUCAUGUCCAUACCCUAUGCACCCAAACCGGAUGCCAUUGAGGUUGUACCUGCGCUGGAACGUGGUCUUAUCGACGUGGCUGCCCAGACCUAUACACAUCCCACGACAAGCGAACGAUUAUCGCUACGACAAGCACUGGAGGAUGGUGUGCUAGUUGUUAAGCGACUUUCCGACUUUGUUGUCAAUCAAAAACCCAUACCCAAGACAGAGGUCAUGGAGACAAUACGUGCGGUGCACACGGUGACCACUAAAACAAUUGAACUUAUGCAGGGUUACGUACUCAUCUCCAAUAAUGAGGUACAAAAUGUAAAUACUGGUGAGGUGUGCAGCCUGGAGCAGGCUAAGGAGCUGGGUAUACUACGCGAGGAAGAAACAACACGUGAGACCAAAGCCACAACUGGUGAAACAGCGGAGCAGUUGGCUACAAUUUCAGUUCCAAGUGCCAAAGAUCAGUCAGUGGUUGUCGAAGAGCGUACACAAACAGUUGUGGUCAGCUCAGAUACUAGAAAACAAGAGCUGCAAGUAAUAAGCACUACACAAUCCACUAAGGAAUCUCCUGAAAAUGUUGUUAAACCCACCAAGGAAACAUCCAAGACACUGCAAAAUGUCAAGGAGGCAGCCAAAAUGGGUGCAUUGGGCGUCAUUGCAGCUCCUGUGCUGGCAGGUGGUGCUAUUGUCAGCGGCGUUAAGAGUCUAAUUAAAUCCGCCAAGUCCAACGCUGAGGAAGCGAAAACUAUCACAACAACAACAACGAUAACCAGUAACAAGGAAACAACAUUGCAAACAGGGAAACCAGGCAAACCUCAAGUAAGUUUCAUUGAAGAAGAGCGAAUGGCAGUUGAGCAACAACCGGAAGCCUCAUUAAAACAAUUGCCUACUGAAGUAGAUAACCUUCUUCAGGAUACGGAGAAGUUUAUAAGCAGCACAACAGCCAACUUUAUAUCUAAUGAAAAGCAGCAUUUGUCUAAGGAUCAGCAUAUGCCAGAAGAAACUACCACAGCGUCCAGUUCAACAACAACAACAACCGUCACAACGAUAACUACCUCAAAAACAACCGAAGCGAACGAAGCGCUGCCUGUCUUACCCAAAGAAGCAUUACAAAAGGAAAAACAAGUCGACCAACCCAAGGAGAAAACGAAAGACAAGGAAAUUAUAGAGGAAAAACAAGAAGUUACGAAAGUUACAGAAACCAUUCAAACAGCAACCAGCGAAAAGCUGCCACACACUGAACCACAAAAUGAAAAAUUGAUAAAGCAGCCAAAGGAGACAUCCGAAGUUGCGGAAACCCCUGAUGAGAAACAAGAAAUCACUAAAGUGACGGAAACCGUUUCUACUAUAUUCCGAGAAGAACCAGUCCAACCCCAAAAGGACUCGCCAAAGCCAGCUCAGAGAGAACAAACGCCAGAAUCAGCUGCCAAGGCAGAACCUGCUGACAAACAUGAGCCAGGCGCCAAGCCGGAGCCUGCACCGAGGAAUACUGUUAGUAUGGAAGUAACCGAACUGGAGCCACUUUACACAGCACCACUUGCGCCUUUCCAGGAGACGGUUACUAAAGUAACGGAAACCGUAAAAGAAGAACCACUUAGCACGGAAUCACAAAGCACUGUCACAACUAUCACAACAAAGGUAAUAACAACGAAAACUUCCGAACCAACUGUACAAGAAGUAACGAAAACAAUAGUGUCGAGCGAGGAGACACCUGAAAAACUGGUUGAGGGCUCUGAACAAGUGCCAAAGGAAGUUGAGAAACAAUCAAAACCCAUUGAAUCUUGUAAUGUUUCGGUAGAGGAGCGAGUUGUGACUGUCGAGCAACCUAUCACCACUGAGUCUACAACGACUAGAACUACCACUACAACAACAAUAACAACCACAACUGAAGAGUCAACCCCAAAAGAAGUUGUCAGUACAACAGAAGAGAUAGAGAAGUUGUCUAAGGAUGAACCGGUUGCACCCAAAGAAGUGACUGUGGUUGACAUAAAUGAGCAAACUAAAAAGGAAGACUCGCCUCUUAAAGAACCAACUGUACUUGUCACAGAAGAUACUCAAGAGCAGCCUAAACAACUGCCUUCCACCAAGGAAACUAUUGUGACCGUCACAGAGGAGACCACAGAAAAGCCUAAGGAUACAGGUCCAGAGCCAAUUGUAAGCACUCGUACCACAGAAACAAUCACUCGAGAUACUUCUGUAACAUCACAUCAGCAACAACCUGGAGCUCUUGAAGAAAUUAGGCAACAUGAAAAUUCGACAGAUAAACACCAAACAGUUGUCGAUUUCAUACAAAACGAGAAGAGUCAGCAACCUGCUGGAGACAGUGGCACCAAGAUAAUGCAGAAUGUCAAAGAUGCAGCCAAACUGGGCGCGCUAGCUAUUGUGGGAGCACCCAUCUUAGCAGGCAAAGCUCUUGUUGAUGCGCUUACUACAGAUAAAGUUACUAAACCCACACAGGAAGUUACAAAAGUUGUCACGCAAGCCGGACAAGAACUCACACCAACACCGAUCGAACCUGACAGCUCUUCAAGUAGUACAACAAUUGUGACGAAAAUAACAACGACCACAACAACAAAAACUAGCAGCAUUGAGUCCGCACCCGAUGAUGAAGCACGCGAUACAGUGGAAACAGAAGUCAGUACAUUGGAGCACACAAGUAAUCGCGAAGUACCUAUGACGUUGGCGAUUGGUGAUGCUAUAUCACAGAAAUUGAUCAGUCCCGAGGAGUGUAAAGUCAUAUUGGAUGGUGAACCACGUUCGGAAAGUGUGUCCACACUGCUCAAGGAAGAACAACUUAGUCCUUUGGAUGAGCUGCAAAUCAUAGAUGAUACCUUGAUUGUUGUAAACCGGAUCAAUUAUCUGGUGGAUGUGGAUACCGAACUGACGCCUGAAAACUUCAGUGAAUUGAACAUUUACGAUCCAAAACUUCAAUGUUUCAUAGAUCCCUCGACUGGUCAGAAAAUUUCUUUCCAAACACUUGUGUUUGACAUGAAUAUCUUCCAUCCCGAUAGAAUACUAGUGAAGAACUUUAGCAAAGGGAAAUAUGAAACCCUGGCAGUUGCACUUGAACGUCCUUUGAUGGAUAAACACACGGGUCAUAUGGUCGAUCCCAAGACAGGCAAGAAAAUACCAUUUUUUGAGUGCAUUGAACGUCAUUGGAUAAUAACUGCCAAUCCCGAAGAGCAGCGACCCGCAGCCAUUGAGAAUGUUAUCAUAGACCACCGGUCAGGCAAAGUGGUGCUUGACGAUGGUCAAGUUUGCUCCAUUGUUGAUGCUAUCAACAGUGGCAAACUGGACAUACAGUCGAUAUCGGUGCGCGACCCAGUUAGCGGUGAGGUGAUCCCAUUGCGUAUGGCAAUUGAGUUGGGUGUGGUUGAUAUGCAGGCUGGUACGGUCAUAGAUAUACAGACAUUGAAAGAAAUACCCAUGGAGCUGGCUUUGCAGUUGGGUUUCUUGGUGCCCGGCGCACGUAAGCCAAUUUCCCUUGAAGCAGCUGUACGCAAGGGUCUUUACGAUCCGGAGACUGGUAAACUUUACGAUUCUGAGUCUCAAAAUCAGGUAGAUGUUCAGAAGUCCAUUGAAAUUGGUUUGGUUGAUCCCAAGAUUUCGCUGAUUGUGGAUACAGUCACCAACAAGGAGCUGAAGCUCGACUGCGCUAUUGAGGAUGAGCUGGUGCUCACAACGGGCCAGAUUAAGGAUAACAAGAAUAACACUCUUGUGCCGUUUGAUGUGGGUGUUGAGCAGCGUUUGGUGAAGACCGACAAUGUAACCUGGAGCCUGCCCGAGGUGCUGCAGCGUGAAUAUUAUACACCCAGCACGGGUAAGGUGUUGAAUCCGGUUACGGGGGAGGAUAUUCUGCUACAGCAGGCUAUUGAAAUGGGCUUUGUUGAGUUGGAUUCCACGUUGGUUAAGGAUACUGAUAAUGAUAAAAUUGUGCCGGGCAAGGAAGCUGCGAAGGUGGGUCUUCUAGAUACAGUGCGUGGCACUCUUAGCUCGCCGAAUAUUAGUCUAGACGAGGCCUUUGUCAAAGGUUAUCUUAUAAGUACUAAGAAACCUUGGUCCCUUGUCGAUUGUCUGCUGCGUGGUCUUUACGAUCCUUUGACAGCUAAAUUCAAUAUUGACGGCAAAGAGCUCGACCUGAAGACGGCCAUUGCACAGAAGCUCAUCAAUCCCGAAGAGCUAGUGCUACUGGAUCCCAAAACUGAAUCCAUUAUUUCUUUGAAUGAGGCCAUUGCCAAGGGCUAUCUGGAUCCAGUUGGUGGCUUUGUCAUUAAUCCGUAUGCAUCAACAAAACUCUCUCUACACGAAGCUCUCGAGAAUCGCAUACUUAUUCCGCCCAAACGAAAACGCAGUCUGCCCGAUGCUGUCUAUAGAGGUUUAUACGAUCCCAAGACCGGCCAGUUUAGCAAUACGAUCACGCGUGAAAAACUGACAACUGAACGUGCCAUUCGUAGGGGUAUACUCGAUCCCGAUUCGACGGUCGUCAAUGUUUCUGGUCAAGUUGUGCCGUUUGGCGUGGCCACCGAGAAAGGCAUUGUGGACAGUCAACAAGGCACAGUUUUGGAUGCAAAUGAUCAGCAUAUUGAUUUUAAGGAAGCCUUCGAUAAAGGUGUGCUGGUGGAGGCUAAGAAACCCCUGCGUCUCAUUGAGGCUGUUGUCAAGAAUAUUUACGAUGAAACUGAUGGUCACUUUAUCGAUCCCAAGUCUGGUGAUAAACUAAACUUUGCUGAGGCAUUAAAUACCAAUCUGAUAGAUGAACAUAGCGUGCAGAUCCGAGAUUUUAAGAGUGGUUUGUAUAAACAGCUCAAUUUGACGCAUGCCAAAGACACAGGUCUCAUAGAUCCCCAGAAUGCCAAACUACUUUAUAACAACCAGUCAGUGACCAUAAAGCAUGCGUUUAACAUUGGCAUUCUUAUGGAUGUGAAUGCGCCCAUAAGCGUACAGCGUGCCAUUCAUCAGGGUCUCUUCGAUGAUAAAACUGGUAAAUUGAGUGACCCCAAGACCGGACGUAAAAUUACUUUAUUGGAGGGUAUGCGGAGCUUCGUAAUUAAUCCACAGUUGCCAUGCUACUUUGAUGAGCAGUCGGAGCAAAUGCUUAGUCUCAGUGAGACUUGUCGCAAUGGCAUUAUUAAUAGAAGGGAGGGCGUCUUUAAGGAACCAGGUAGCUCCAGCUUUGUGCCUCUUGGUGAGGCUAUGAACUUGGGUUUGAUUGUGGAUAUAGAAAAUGCUGGCUUUGGGCUAUAUGAGCUCUUGGCCAUGGGCUUUUAUGAUGUAAGCUCAGGACAAGUUUUACAUCCGGUAACCAACCGAAAACUGAAACUUAAUGAAGCCUGUGUCGAGGAUGUCGUCAGUCUAUCGUCCAGUUUGGUUAAGCAUAAUGAGUCGGGCAAGUAUAUGCGCCUAGCAAAUGCCAUUAAGGAACAGGUUAUUGAUGAUACGAAGGGUUGCUAUAAUUUGGGUACGGAACAAUUAAAUUUGCAGACAGCUAGAGCACGCGGCUUAAUCGUCUCGAACCGUCGUUUACUGAGCCUCGAAAUGGUUCUGCGCAUGCAGCUUUAUCGAUCCGAAACAGGGAAAUUCUGUGAUCCCACAACUGGCGAGUACCUCGAUUUAAUUGAAGCUAUAAACUCAGGCUUCAUUGAUCCGGCCAGUACCGUUUUUAAGAAUCAGUUAACGGGCAAGGAGUUAGCGCUAACGGCAGCUAUAGAAAAUAGUGACAUAGAUGUAACUAAGGGCCGCGUUUUUGAUCCGAAAUCCAAAUCUACAUACAAUUACGAUGUAGCCUUCGCGCGUGGCAUACUCGUGACUGUACCGCGUCCUCUAACCGAUCGCAGCGAAAUCGUACGUCGUCAGGAUAGCGUUGAACUUUUAAGUCAAACCCCCGUGAGCGUUGUCAUCAGUAAACCCCGCGAAAUGUCUCUUGAGGAAGCUAUCAAAUAUAAUAUAAUCGAUCCAAAGACCGCACUCGUACGAGAUUUUGAUAGCUUUAAAUUUCUGCCAUACGCUUUGGCCCAGGAACGUGGUCUUGUAGAUGUCACUAAGCGCACGCUCGUUGAUCCUAAAGCCUUAUACUUUGCAUUUGAUCCUACGCUGUUGAUCUAUGUGCGGGAACCCGUUACAUUCGAUCAGGCGGCCGAAUCCAAGUGCUUGGAUCUUCAAACCGGUAUGUUAACCUAUCAGCCAAUAACUCCUGCCAGCGACGAUAGCGCAAACGAUUCACUAACUGUCAUCGACACGUCGCCUAAGAUAUACACGCUAAAGGAUGCCGCCGGCACUGGUAUUAUUGAUCCCGAUUCAGCGUUGGUCAAAGAUGUGGCCAAAGAGAAACUUGUGCGUUUACCAGAGGCCUUCCGCAAGGGCCUGAUGGAUGCCAAUAAGGCGAACGUAUUAAAUACCCAAACCUCAAAGCUAUGCACACUGCAGGAGGCCUACGAAAGUGGCUUGAUCUGUACACCUAAGCGUUCAUUUGGUUUGCUAGAGGCCAUCACAUUUAACCUGUACAAUCCAACCAAUGGCUGUCUAGUUGAUCCCUUCCAAAUGCAUCCCGAUAUCAUCAAGCGUAAAAAGUAUACAUUGGCCGAGGCCAUUAGUGCCGGCCUGAUCGAUCCCUCCUCGACGGUGGUACGUGAUCCCAGCUCAGGUGUCAUCUUACCACUGGCCGCUGCUAUAGGCAGUGGCCUAAUCGAUGCCACUGAAGGUCGCCUGAACGAUGCCAAUGAGCCCAAAAAUAACAUCGAUUUGGUGAAAGCCACCGAGAAGGGUUUACUGCUGCCAGCCGAACAGAGGCAAGCAGUAUUCGAGAAGUUCAAUAUGUGUGAGGAGAAUGUAAACGAUCUGCUUAAAUGGGUCACCUCAGUUGAACAGAAAAUUUCGAGCGUUGGCGGACCACGUGAAAAAAUCGAUGAGCUACGCAAUCAAAUCAAUGCACUCAAGCAAAUCAAGGAUGAAAUCGAAUCACAGCAACGUCCUGUAGCUACCUGUCUGGAGCAAAUACGUCAAAUUGUUCUCACUGGUGGGGAUGUGCUCUCUGCACCGGAGGUCACCACUUUGGAGAACUCUGGCCGGGAAUUGCGUUCACGUGUAGAUCGUGUCAAUGAUCGUACAGUGCGUCUACUGCGUCGCCUUGAGGCUGGGCGUGAUGAGCUGACCAAGUUGCGCAGCGAGUUAGAUAUCUUUUCCGACUGGCUGCAGCUGGCACGUCGCACGCUCGAAGAUAAGGAACGUUCGCUGUCAGACCUUACGCGACUCGCUUCGCAGGCAGACACCAUUCGUGAGUUUGUGAGCGAUGUGAUUGGUCACCAGGCGGACCUACGUUUUAUCACAAUGGCCGCACAGAAGUUUGUUGAUGAGAGCAAGGAGUUUUUGGCUGUACUCAACGAUUUCCGAACCUCACUGCCAGAGAGACUGCCCCAUGUGGAGCCAUUGUCUAGUGCCGAGAGUCCCAUACGCCAGGAAGUGUCGCUGGUAUCAGCACAGUACAAGGAUCUGCUGAACCGUGUCAAUGCGUUGCAAGAUCGCGUCUCUGGCUUAGGUGGCAGGCAGCGUGAGUACCAGGAUGCAUUGGAUAAAGCCAAUGACUGGUUGCGUAGCGUUCAGCCCCGUGUUUCUCGUGUUAUAUCUGAACCUGUCGCUGGAGAUCCGAAGGGCGUACAAGAUCAGAUGAAUGAGGCUAAGGCAUUGCACAAUGAACUUUUGUCGAGCGGUCGUCUUGUGGACAAUGCUCAGCAGGCUUUAGAUAAUCUAUUGCGCAGUCUAGGCGGUCAGCUCAGUCCUAUGGAGAUCAAUCAACUGGAGUUGCCCAUAGCUGAUUUGAAGAACAACUACCAACAACUGUUGGAUACGCUUGGAAACCAUUGCAAGACCUUGGAUAAGACUCUGGUGCAAUCGCAGGGCGUACAAGAUGCUCUUGAUAGCCUGGUGGGCUGGGUAAAUCAAGCCGAGGAUAAGUUCAAGAUGAACUUGCGUCCUGCUUCGCUUAUCAAGGAGCGUCUUCAGGAGCAGAUACGCGAGCACAAACUGCUCUUGGCUGAUUUGCAAUCGCAUCAGGCCAGCAUUGAUAGCGUUCAAAUCUCUGCCAAGCAUCUGCUAGCCAGUGCCUCCAAUGCACGUAUAGCCAAGAAGGUUGAGUCAAAUUUGAACGAUGUAACGGGCAAGUUUGAAAAACUCUUUGAGAAAGCUAACAAACGUGGUGAAUUCCUGGAUGAUGUAUACAGUCGCCUCUCCAAGUACCUGGAUGAUAUUAGUACCGUGGAGCAGCGUAUGGGCAGCUUGCAGGAGGCCCUGGAUAGCCGCGAAACCAGUCUGCUCUCCACAGAGGAGGUGGCACGUCGCAUGCUCGACUUGGCCCGCGAAAAGGACCAGUUGGCACCAGAGUUUGAGGAUUGUGUGCGUAACGGCAAGGAACUGAUAGGGUUGCGCGAUGUGACUGAUACGGGCGCUUUGCGUGACCGUAUCAAGGCUUUGGAAUCUCAGUGGCGCAACAUUAACAUCAGCAUAGAUGAGCGCGCUAAGCUGUCCAAGCAGAAGGCUGAACGUCGCUUGGCCUACGAGAGUCUUAAGGACGAGGUCUUGUCCUGGUUGAGCACCACAGAAGGACGUGUUAAUGGACUGGCACCAGUAGCCAUUGAUCUGGACAAGAUACGCCAACAGAACGAUGAAUUGAAACCUAUCUGCAAGGACUAUCGUGACUAUGCGCCAACUAUCGACAAGAUCAACGAUAUUGGCUCCCAAUACGAUGCACUUGUUCGCCCGGAAAGUCCCUCGCGUAAACGGUCAACGUACAGUCCUAUUAAGAGGACAAGUCCGCUGCGUCGCAUGUCUGGAGAUGCCAGAAGCCCCAGCCCGACCAAGGGAGGCAUACUGUCGCCACUAUCGACUGGUUCCAGUGGAUUCGGUAGCCGCAGAUCCUCUCAGGAUGGCUUUCAGCUCUCUGAGCUGUCUCCGGUGCAGCAGCAGUUAAGCGAGAUUAACAAUCGCUAUGGUUUGAUUGGAGUUCGUCUGAAUGACCGUCAGCAUGAGCUGGAUAAUCUCAGCGAAGAAUUGCGCAAGCAGUACGAAAACCUUAAGGGAUUGGCGCAAUUCUUGGAACGUAUCCAACGACAGGUGCCGAAAGAGUCAGUAUCCAACAAAGAUGAGGCCGAUCGCUGCAUUAAGCAGGCGCGCAAGAUCCUUGAAGAUAUGUAUGAAAAGCAGAGUUUGUUGGACACCACAAAGGCACAGAUUAAAGACAUUCUGCGACGUAAAUCGGAUGUUCCCGGCGCCGAGCAAUUGCGUGUGGAGAACGACAACAUUCAGGAGAAGUGGAAGAAUCUCAAUGACAUCUGCAAGAAUCGCAUUGCCUUUUCAGAGAAGUUGCGUGACUUCCUGGACACCCAUGGUAAUCUCAAGAGCUGGCUAGACAGCAAAGAGCGAAUGUUGACUGUGCUAGGACCCAUUUCUUCGGAUCCACGCAUGGUUCAGAGCCAGGUGCAACAGGUGCAAGUAUUGCGCGAAGAGUUCCGCACACAACAGCCACAACUGAAGCACUUGCAGGAGUUGGGACACGACGUUGUAGAUCAUUUAGCCGGCACACCCGAUGCUCAGGCAGUGGAGGUUAAGCUCAGGGAUGUGAUUACCAAAUGGGAUGAUCUAAUGGGUAAGCUGGAUGAUCGCGCUAAUAGUCUAGGCGGUGCUGCCGAUAGCUCAAAGGAGUUUGAUGCGGCUGUCAAUCGUCUGCGUGAGGCUCUGCAAGGCAUUAGCGACAACCUGGAUACGCUGCCAACCGAAGGCGAUCACCAAGAGAAUCUGCGGAAGAUCGAGAACCUUGAACGGCAGCUCGAGGGUCAGCGACCACUUUUGGCUGACGUAGAGCAAUCCGCAGCCACAUUGUGCAACAUCCUCGGCGACCCCGCCUCUCGAGCUGAUGUUAACUCACGUGUUGCAGCCCUGGAAAAACAAUACUUGGCAUUGCAAAAGAAAUUGGAUACGAAGAAGGCUGAAACGGAGGCUUCAUUACGUGACGGUCGUCACUUUGCUGAGAACUGUUCGAAGACGCUCGGCUGGCUAUCCGGCGAGCUGUCCAACUUAACCGAUCGUCUGCUCGUAUCCGCCCACAAGCCAACACUGCAACACCAGAUAGACACACACGAGCCCAUCUAUCGUGAAGUUAUGGCGCGUGAGCAUGAGGUCAUAAUGCUAAUCAACAAGGGCAAGGAUCUGUCCGACCGUCAGCAGGAUCGCGGUGUCAAACGUGAUCUGGAUCGCAUACAACAACAGUGGGAGAAACUGCGUCGUGAGGCUGUCGAUCGCCACACGCGUCUACAGACAUGCAUGGAACACUGCAAGAAGUACUCACAGACCUCAGAGACCUUCCUUGCUUGGCUGCGUACAGCAGAAGAUAAGUUGUCGGAUCUAACGCCUGGUGUACUUUCGAAAUCGAAAUUGGAGACACGUCUGCGUGAUCUGCAAACUUUCCGCAGCGAGGUUUGGAAGCAUUCGGGUGAAUUUGAAAACACCAAAGGUCUGGGUGAAACAUUCCUCAGUAGCUGUGACAUUGAUAAGGAGCCAAUCAAGGCUGAGCUGCAGGACAUACGCGAUCGUUGGGAGCGUCUAAAUAAUGAUUUGAUUGCACGCGCUCAUGAGAUUGAGAACUGUUCGCGCCGCUUGGGUGACUUCAAUGAUGAGCUCCGCAACCUGGAUCACUCAUUAGGCCGUUGCGAGGAUCGCCUGGCCGCACACGAUGCGCUGGGCGGAGCUGCCAAAGACCCCAAGCUGCUGGAACGCGUCAAGGCUAUUCGCGAAGAGUUGACGAACCUGAGCAAACCAUUGCAAACGCUUAAGGCGAUGGCAAAGGAUAUUAGUGCCGAGGCACGUGCGGCCGGCGGUGAUGCGGAUCAUUUGACCAGUGAAGUUGAUGGAUUAGCUGAUCGCAUAUCGGAGUUGCAAGGUCGCUUAGAUGAUCGCUGUGGGGAGCUGCAAUCGGCUGCAACAGCUGUAUCCCAGUUUAACGAGCAGAUGAAGAGUCUGGGAAUUGAUCUGAAUGAUCUGGAGGCUGAGGUUGAGAAGCUGUCGCCACCCGCACGUGAGAUUAAGAUUGUGCAACAGCAAAUCGAUGAUGUGGGCAAGCUUCAAAAUAAAUUGGAUCGCCUAGUCGGUCGCUUGGAGGAUGCCGAGCGUGCCUCUGAUGUUCUUGUGGACGCCGGUUUCUCUGCGGAUACUACCCAGACUCGCGAGCAAAUCUCCACGCUGCGCAAGACACUAGGUCGUCUGGAUAAUCGUGUGCGUGAUCAUGAAGAUAAGCUACAGGACACACUUAAGGCCUUGCGAGAGUUUUAUGAUAUGCAGUCACAAGCCCUGGAUGAUAUUCAGGACGUGAGCGAGGAAUUCAAGCGCAUGAAGCCUGUGGGCUCCGAACUGGAUCAGAUCAGACGCCAGCAAGAGGACUUCCGAAACUUCCGAGAACGCAAGGUGGAGCCCCUGGCUCAUAAUGUGGACAAAGUCAACAUGUCCGGACGUGAUCUGGUGCGCUCGGCUGCAAGUGGUGUUUCUACGACUACAGUUGAAAAGGAUUUGGAGAAGCUGAAUGACCGCUGGAACGAUUUGAAGGAGCGUAUGAACGAACGCGAUCGUCGUUUGGAUGUGGCUCUCCUACAGUCCGGCAAGUUCCAGGAGGCCCUAGCAGGUCUCUCAAAAUGGUUGAGCGAUACCGAAGAAAUGGUAGCUAACCAGAAGCCACCAAGUUGCGACUACAAGGUAGUCAAGGCGCAGCUGCAGGAGCAAAAGUUCCUCAAGAAAAUGUUGCUGGAUCGUCAGAACUCUAUGGGAUCAUUGGCCAAUCUCGGCAAAGAGGUGGCUAAUCAUUGCGAGCCUGAAGAACGCGCUUCCAUUGAGAAGCAGCUGAAUGAUCUGAUGAAGCGAUUCGAUGCCUUGACUGAUGGUGCCGAACAGCGUGAACAGGACCUGGAAGAGGCCAUGGAGGUGGCAAAGCGUUUCCAUGACAAGAUUAGCCCACUGGAAUUAUGGCUGGAUAAUACGGAGCGUGCCGUUAAAGCCAUGGAAUUGAUACCAACGGAUGAGGAGAAGAUACAACAACGCAUUCGGGAGCAUGAUCGUCUUCACGAUGAGAUUUUGAGCAAGAAACCCGACUUUACGGAUCUUGCUGAUGUGGCUGCCCAGCUGAUGCAUUUGGUGAGCGAUGAGGAAGCCGUUAAUCUGGGCGAGAAGGUACGCAGUGUGACCGAACGCUAUACAGGUUUGGUAGAUGCCAGCGAGAAUAUUGGGGCUUUGCUUGCCGAAUCCCGUCAAGGGUUACGCCAUUUGGUGUUGAGCUAUCAGGAUUUGGUUGCCUGGAUGGAGAGCAUGGAGAAUGAGCUUAAGCGUUUCAAGUCCGUACCAGUGUAUGCCGAUAAGCUGUUGGAACAAAUGGACCACCUGCUAGAAUUAAACGAGAACAUUGCAGGACACGCAAAUAAUGUAGAGUCCACCGUUGAAUCCGGCGCAGAGCUUAUGAAGCACAUUUCCAACGAUGAAGCCAUACAACUGAAGGACAAGUUGGACUCACUGCAACGUCGCUAUGGCGAUUUGACUAAUCGUGGAGGUGAUCUGCUCAAGAACGCUCAAAAUGCUUUGCCAUUGGUACAGCAGUUCCAUGAGGCUCACAACCGUUUGGUUGAAUGGAUGCAGAGUGCCGAAACCGCAUUGGCGCCAAGUGAGCCACGUCAAGCUGAUGUCUUGCGUCUAGAGACCGAGCUAUCCGAAAUGCGUCCUAUACUGGACACCAUUAAUUUGGUUGGACCACAGCUGUGCCAGUUGUCACCGGGAGAAGGUGCCGCUACCAUUGAGAGCAUUGUUACCCGAGAUAACCGUCGGUUCGACGCCAUCGUGGAACAAAUUCAGCGUAAGGCCGAGCGAUUGCAUUUAAGUAAUCAGCGUGCUAAGGAGGUAACCGGUGAUAUUGAUGAGCUGUUGGAGUGGUUCCGUGACAUGGACACCACAUUGCGCGAGGCCGAUCUACCGGCUAUGGAACCAAAAUUGGUGCGUGCACAGCUGCAAGAGCAUCGGUCCAUCAAUGAUGACAUCUCCAGCCAGAAGGGACGUGUUCGUGACGUGACUGCCGCUUCCAAGAAGGUGCUGCGUGAAUCGCCACAAAGCGAGAAUACCGCAACACUUCGUGAGAAGCUGGACGAUCUGAAGGAGAUUGUAGACACAGUUGCACAACUGUGCAGCGAACGUCUGGGCAUCUUAGAACAAGCUUUGCCGCUUUCCGAGCACUUUGCUGAUUCUCAUUCGGGUCUGACCACCUGGCUGGAUGAUAUGGAACAGCAAAUCUCUCGUCUGAGCAUGCCUGCCUUGCGUCCUGAUCAGAUCACCUUGCAGCAAGACAAGAAUGAGCGUCUGUUGCACUCCAUAGCCGAGCAUAAACCACUGCUCGAUAAGCUGAAUAAAACUGGUGAAGCUCUGGGUGCUUUGGUUGCCGAAGAAGAUAGCGCCAAGAUCAAUGAGAUUCUUGACACGGACAAUGCCCGUUAUGCAGCACUGCGUUUGGAACUACGCGAACGCCAACAGGCGCUGGAAAGUGCCCUGCAGGAGUCCAGCCAAUUCUCCGAUAAGCUGGAAGGCAUGUUACGUGCUCUUGCCAACACGGUCGAUCAAGUGAAUCAAUUAGAUCCACUCUCAGCACUGCCCCAGAAGAUUCGUGAGCAAAUCGAAGACAAUGAUGCUCUUAUGGAUGAUCUGGAUAAACGUCAGGAUGCAUUCAGCGCUGUGCAGCGUGCUGCCAAUGAUGUAAUUGCCAAGGCUGGCAACAAAGCUGAUCCCGCUGUGCGCGACAUCAAGGCCAAACUGGAGAAACUGAACAAUCUGUGGAAUGAUGUGCAGAAGGCCACUAAGAAACGUGGCAGCUCCCUGGAUGACAUACUCAGUGUAGCCGAGCCCUUCUGGAAGCAAUUGAAUAGCGUCAUGAAGACUCUCAAGGAUCUAGAGGAGACGCUGUCCUGCCAGGAGCCACCAGCGGCACAGCCGCAAGACAUCAAGAAGCAACAGGUGGCACUACAAGAGAUACGCCACGAAAUUGAUCAGACCAAGCCAGAGGUGGAGCAAGUGCGUCGCCAUGGCAGCAAUUUGAUGAACAUGUGCGGUGAACCCGAUAAGCCAGAAGUGAAGAAGCACAUCGAAGAUUUGGAUAACGCCUGGGAUAAUAUCACCGCACUGUAUGCUAAACGUGAAGAGAACCUCAUCGAUGCGAUGGAGAAGGCAAUGGAAUUCCAUGAGACACUGCAGAAUUUGCUCAAGUUCCUCACCAAGGCCGAGGAUAAGUUUGCUCAUUUGGGUGCUGUGGGCUCCGAUAUUGAUGCUGUCAAGCGUCAGAUUGAACAGCUCAAGGCGUUCAAGGACGAAGUCGAUCCGCAUAUGGUCGAAGUAGAAGCAUUAAACAGACAAGCUGUGGAACUGACGGAACGCACUUCGCCAGAGCAGGCGGCAUCAAUAAGGGAGCCACUGUCCGUGGUCAAUCGCCGCUGGGAAGCUUUGCUUCGUGGAAUGGUCGAUCGCCAGAAGCAGUUGGAGCAUGCGUUGCUCCACUUGGGUCAAUUCCAACAUGCGCUCAAUGAGCUGUUGGUUUGGAUUAACAAGACAGACAACACAUUGGAUCAGCUGAAGCCGAUACCUGGUGAUCCACAACUGCUCGAAGUUGAGUUGGCCAAGCUUAAGGUGUUGGCCAACGAUAUACAGGCGCAUCAGAACUCGGUGGAUACUCUCAAUGAUGCCGGACGACAGCUAAUUGAAACUGAGAAGGGUUCCGUGGAAGCCUCCACUACACAGGAGAAACUGCGCAAGCUGAACAACGAGUGGAAGCAGCUCUUGCAAAAGGCUAGCGAUCGUCAGCAUGAGCUGGAGGAGUCUCUCCGCGAGGCUCAAGGCUACAUUGCUGAAGUUCAGGACAUUUUGGGCUGGUUAGGUGAUGUAGAUGCCGUGAUUGGUGCCAGUAAGCCUGUGGGUGGCCUGCCAGAGACAGCGACCGAGCAGCUGGAGCGAUUCAUGGAAGUAUACAAUGAGCUGGAAGAGAAUAGGCCUAAGGUAGAAACAAUACAGGCGCAGGGCCAGGAGUACAUUAAGCGCCAGAAUCAGAUGAAGGUUUCGUCUAGCAAUCUGCAGCAUACGCUGCGCACACUGAAACAGCGCUGGGAUGCAGUUGUUUCGCGUGCAUCAGAUAAAAAGAUUAAGCUGGAAAUUGCUCUCAAGGAGGCUACCGAAUUCCAUGAGACUCUGCAAGCCUUUGUCGAAUGGCUUACUCAGGCUGAGAAGCAGCUGACAAAUGCUGAGCCUGUCUCGCGCGUGCUGGAGACUAUUCAGGCCCAGAUGGAGGAGCAUAAGAUACUCCAAAAGGAUGUGAGCACACAUCGCGAGGCCAUGCUCUUGUUAGACAAGAAGGGCACUCAUCUCAAAUACUUCAGCCAGAAGCAAGAUGUGAUUCUUAUCAAGAAUCUGCUCGUCUCAGUACAACAUCGCUGGGAGCGUGUUGUCAGCAAGGCUGCAGAGCGCACACGUGCUCUGGAUCAUGGCUACAAAGAGGCCCGUGAGUUCAAUGAUGCCUGGAAUGGCAUGAUGCAGUACCUUCAGGAAACUGAGCAGGUGCUAGAUCAAAUCAUCGAAGAAGCCACCGCUUCAAAGGAGCCGCAAAAGAUUAAGAAAUAUAUUGGCAAACUAAAGGAAACCCAUCGCCAGCUGGGCGCCAAACAGUCAGUGUACGAUGGAACAAUGCGCACCGGCAAGAACCUCAUGGAACGUGCACCGAAGGGCGAUCGCCCUGUGCUUGAUAAAAUGUUAUUGGAACUCAAGGAACAAUGGACACGUGUCUGGUCGAAGAGCAUUGAACGUCAACGCAAACUGGAGGAAGCCUUGCUGCUUUCUGGACAGUUUAGCGAUGCUCUUGGAGAGCUGCUUGACUGGCUAAAGAAGGCCAAGAGUCGCCUCAAUGAGAACGGACCAGUGCAUGGCGAUUUAGAGACGGUGCAGGGCUUGUGCGAGCAUCACAAACACAUUGAACAGGAUCUGCAGAAGCGAGCUGGUCAAAUGCAAGGCGUGCUCAAAACUGGUCGCGAUCUGGAGCGUUCGGGCAACAAUCCUGAAGUGGGUCGCCAACUGGAUGAGCUGCAAACCAUUUGGGAGGAGGUCCAGAAUGCCGUAGGCAAGCGCGGAGAGCGACUCCAAGUCGCUUUGGUGGAUGCUGAGAAACUUAACGCAAGUGUCCAGGCUUUGUUCGACUGGCUGGAUCAUGCGGAGCAUAAGCUACGCUACGCCAAGAAUGCACCUGAUGAUGAGAAGAUCUCACGCGAGAUGAUGGAGAUUCAUACGGAGUUCAUGCGUGAUCUGCGCGUGCGCGAGCGUGAGAAGACCGAAACGUUUGAGUACGCAGAGGUGAUAAUUAGCAAAGCCUAUCCCGAUGCCAUACCCAUCAUCAAGAACUGGCUAUCGAUCAUUCAACAACGCUGGGAGGAGGUGCGUCAGUGGGCCAUCAACCGCGAGUCGAAGUUGGAACAGCAUUUGCAAUCGCUCAAGGAUCUGGAUGAUACCAUUGAAGAGUUGCUCGCUUGGCUCAGCGGACUUGAGGGCACGCUAUUGAAUCUAAAACAUGAACAACUGCCGGAUGAGAUACCCCCUGUGGAGAAAUUGAUUGAGGAUCAUAAGGAGUUCAUGGAGAACACCGCACGCCGCCAGAACGAAGUGGAUCGCGCAUGCAAGCCACGUCAACUGCCACCUGGCGCUCGCAAACCUUCGCGUAGCGGCAAAACUCCAGUUCGUGGCUCCAGCCACGAUCUGCGUGAACAGUCGCCCGAUGGUCAGCUGCGACGUCAAAGCUUCAAGGGCUCGCGCGAUCAAGGACUUAACGCUCGCAAGGGCAGUCGUGUUACGCCCACGCGUGAUACGCCAGACAGAGAUCGCCUGCCGCACUAUGGCCCACGUUUCUCGCCAAGCUCCAAUGGUGGUGAAUUGGAAUUCCGUUCACCACGCGCCAAGCUCUUGUGGAACAAGUGGCGCGAUGUCUGGAUGCUGUCAUGGGAGCGUCAACGCUUACUUCAUGAGCAUCUCAUGUAUCUGAAGGAUGUGGAGCGUGCUCGUAACUUUAGCUGGGAUGAUUGGCGCAAGCGCUUCCUCAAGUACAUGAACCACAAGAAAUCGCGCUUGACUGAUUUGUUCCGUAAAAUGGAUAAGGAUAAUAAUGGCAUGAUACCGCGGGAUGUGUUUAUCGAUGGCAUACUCAACACAAAAUUCGAUACGUCGGGUUUGGAAAUGAAGGCCGUUGCGGAUCUGUUCGAUCGCAAUGGCGAGGGUCUUAUCGAUUGGCAGGAGUUCAUUGCCGCUCUGCGACCCGACUGGCAGGAACGUAAACCCGCCACAGAUUCAGAUAAAAUUCACGAUGAAGUCAAACGUUUGGUCAUGCUCUGCACGUGCCGUCAAAAGUUCCGUGUGUUCCAAGUGGGCGAAGGCAAAUAUAGAUUUGGUGAUUCCCAGAAAUUACGCCUGGUUCGCAUCCUUCGCAGCACUGUGAUGGUGCGCGUGGGCGGCGGCUGGGUUGCUUUGGAUGAAUUCCUGCAGAAGAACGAUCCUUGUCGCGCCAAGGGACGCACUAACAUUGAGCUACGCGAGCAAUUCAUAUUGGCCGAUGGCGUCUCACAGAGCAUGGCCGCCUUUACGUCCAGACGUUCCACGCCCAAUGCUGCCCAAACUGCCAACAGUUCGCAAAAUGGCGCCGGUAGCCCCAACUUGCCGCCAUAUAUGAGUGGACAGGGUCCCAUCAUAAAGGUACGCGAGCGUUCAGUACGUUCUAUACCCAUGUCCAGACCAUCACGGUCUUCGCUUUCGGCCAGCACGCCUGAUUCGCUCAGCGACAAUGAGGGCAGCCAUGGUGGACCCUCGGGCCGUUACACGCCGCGUAAGGUCACCUACACGAGCACACGCACGGGCCUGACGCCAGGAGGCUCACGUGCCGGCUCCAAGCCCAACUCGCGCCCGCUAAGCAGACAAGGCUCCAAGCCUCCGUCGCGACAUGGCUCCACGCUUUCGCUAGACAGCACAGACGAUCACACACCCUCGCGCAUACCACAGCGUAAGACAUCCGCUACAAGCACCAUCAGCGGCACCGGCACCGGCACCACGCCACGUCCGGCUCGUCUGUCCGUAACCACGGCAGCCACACCGGGCAGCCGGCUCAACGGCAUCAGCACUAUCACACGCAAAACCGCAUCCGGUUCGGCAAGUCCAGCGCCCACAAGCCGCCCAUCACGGAUACCGGUUAAGAUACCCCUCAACGAUUCCAAAACAUCAUCGCCCACCAACUCGUCUGCCAAUCCAAGCAGCUUGGGGCGCAACAUUAGCGGCAGUUCCACGCCCUCGGGUAUGCAAACGCCGCGCAAGAGCUCUGCGGAGCCGACGUUCAGCUCGACGAUGCGGCGUACAUCGCGCGGCACCACGCCUACAGAGAAACGCGAACCGUUCCGGCUCUAAGGCGGAAGCAACAGUUGCCAAUUAAAAUUAAAAAGAAAAAAAGAAAACACAAUUCUUAAAAUUACUAACCACGCACUGAAGUUCUUUCAACUAACCAACCAAAUUGUGAAUUUGCCCCCUGACUCUCUUCUCAUCUGACUCAGACUACAUUGAUGUAAAAAAUGUAGCAACAGGAACCAGUUCAAAGGACGCUACGAAUACAAAAAAUGAAAAUUUGUAUGUAAAAGCGUCGAGAAUAUUGCAAAUUUUGGUAAAGCGCAAAAGACACACACACAAAAAAAUGAGAAAAGCAAAAUUUAGUUUUUAUAGCAACCGUUAUAAAGUAAAGCAAAAAGCUAUUCACACAAAAGUUGAGAAAACUAAACACGACAAGUCAUACUAACUAAAAUGAGAACCUUUUGCUACUACUAAUAUUUAAUGCCUUCUAUUUACUAGUUAUACUUAAAUAUGGAUUUCCAAGUUUAUAAUUUGUAUAUACUUAUAUAAAAUGCAAAAUACACUCCAAGUGCUUUAAGGCAAUUCAAAACUAAAAAUUAAAGAAAACAAAAAAAAUCAAGAAAAAAUGAAACAAAAAUUAUAAAAAUUAACAAAAUUAAAAAAAAUUAUAAAAGAAAACAUUCGAAUUGUAUUGUAAUAGUCGUUGCGCACUGUCAUUAGCUCUUGCAGUCUCUGAUCGCGCUCACAAAAUCGCCAGUUUGUGGGCGUGUUCUAGCUGUGGGCGUGGCAGUUGUGUGCGACCAAAACAGUAAACACAAUAGAAAUGAAAGAAAGUUUAAGUAAAAAUUUGAUUUUGUUCUGUUAAAACUAAUUGUAAAAGUGAAGCGCGUAAGCCACAUAAAAGGAAAAGAAAACAAAAAAAUAU